AUGCUUGCCCUACGCCUUAUAAGUCUAGCCACGCAAAGCAAAAAAACUGUGAAAUACACGCUGAAUGCAGUUCUUCUGGGUCUAAGCGUGCUUACUGUGCAUCUCUUUUUGGGGGUCCGGCCAGAGGAGAUUCCCUGCCACAGUGACCAGCUAAUAGCCAAUGCAAGAUACUCGAUAGAGUGCCUGCACGUUGCCCCGGAUGAGCUGCCUGUUCUGGAGUACAGGGACUUUGAAUACGACGAGUACAGCACAAUCCUUCUCACAGGAAGCAAAAAAGACAUGCACCUCAUUAAAAGAAUCCACAAGACUGCGCAGAGCAUGCAAAACAGGACAAAAGGGUACGAUAUAAAAAUAGGGGGGUGUUCUUCUCUGGAGAUGGCAAAGUAUUUUCUUGUUCUGAAAAUAGAGGCAGGGGACGAAACUGUUUUGCUUGUGGAAAAUCGCGGGUGGCAGGCCAACUCUGACGUAUUUUCCACUUUCAUUAGCAGGCUCUACACUGAAGACAGAACGGGCGUGGGAGGUGCCUCUCUCCUCACUCCCGCCUUUAACACGAUUUCCCUGCGCAUCUCUGAGGAGGGCCUUGAAGAAGUGCUGGGGAUCCUGCACAACCUGCACAAUCUGUACAGCCACUCUCUAGGAGUGUACUUCUACUGGAUAGUGGGGGAAAAGGGGAUUUUUCUGUCGUCUAAUGUUCUCCUGGUCUUGUGCCUUGCGGGCUUUCUGGGGAUUUUGGAGCUUCUCACGGGCGGGGACUUUCAGAUCCGCCUGCUCCACGGCAGACAGGCGCUGAAGCUCUUUCUCAUGGGCGAGUUCGUCUUUUGGGAGUUUUGCUCUUUCUCCUUUUUUGAGGUUUUUUUUGUGUACUGUCUUCUUAUCCCCUUGAACUUCCCAUUGGCUAUCAUUCUGGGCACGUCCAGAAUUAUUCUUCUUUUCUGCGAGUUAAUUGGAUGCUCUGCAAAAAGAGAUGAUUUUUUUUGCACAGUUGACCUCCUGUAUGAAACAAUUAGUAAAAACAUCCGCACAGUCGAUUUAUUGCCACCUUCCAGCAGCAAUGGAAAUGCAAAAGGAGAGGAAGUUCUCGAUAGCAAGCAGAAGUAUUAG